GGGCUUUAAACCCCCCCAAAACCCUUGAAACUCUAUUUUGUGGCCCAAUUAAAACCUAAUUGUUUACCCGACACGGCGUCGUUUGUAACUGGCAUCUUUGACGCAAGUCGCCAAAUUUUCAGUUUUUUUUUUCCCUUGCUCAUCUCUUAUCCCUAGCCAAAAAAUUCUGUUGAUUUGCUCCGUCGCCUAAAAGUCUAAAACCCUAAGUUUCUCCGCACUCAUAGCCUUUUCCGAUUCAACGUAGAGUGAAUUCGCGUGACCUUAAGCAGUAUCGAAAUCUUCCAAUCAUGGCGAGCCAAACACCGAAUCUCGAGUGUCGGAUGUACGAGGCGAAAUACCCAGAGGUGGAUAUGGCGGUUAUGAUCCAGGUGAAGAACAUCGCCGAUAUGGGAGCCUACGUUUCUCUCCUCGAGUACAACAACAUCGAAGGCAUGAUCCUCUUCUCCGAGCUCUCUCGUCGUCGGAUCCGAAGUGUCAGCAGUUUGAUUAAGGUCGGAAGAAUUGAGCCUGUCAUGGUUCUCCGUGUGGACAAAGAGAAAGGUUACAUUGAUCUGAGCAAACGUAGAGUCAGUGAGGAGGAUAUUCAGACUUGUGAAGAGAGGUAUAACAAGAGCAAGCUUGUGCAUUCUAUCAUGCGCCAUGUUGCUGAGACUCUAUCUAUUGAUUUGGAGGAGUUGUAUGUGAACAUUGGUUGGCCUUUGUAUCGAAGACAUGGUCAUGCUUUUGAGGCCUUCAAGAUCUUAGUGACCGAUCCUGAUUCGGUGUUGGGUCCCCUCACCCGUGAGAUCAAAGAAGUUGGGCCUGAUGGACAAGAGGUGACUAAGGUUGUACCUGCUGUUACGGAAGAAGUGAAAGAUGCACUUGUGAAGAACAUUAGGAGGAGAAUGACACCACAACCAAUGAAAAUCCGGGCUGAUAUCGAAUUGAAGUGUUUCCAGUUUGACGGAGUUGUUCACAUUAAGGAGGCCAUGAGAAAUGCUGAAGCCGCUGGAAAUGAAGAUUGUCCUGUUAAGAUUAAGUUGGUUGCUCCACCUCUGUAUGUCCUUACUACUCAGACGCUGGACAAGGAACAAGGGAUUGAAAUUCUAAACAAAGCCAUAGCAGCAUGCACUGAGACAAUUGAGACACACAAAGGCAAGCUUGUCGUUAAGGAGGGAGCUAGAGCUGUGAGUGAACGUGAUGAUAAGAUGCUGACAGAACACAUGGCUAAGCUACGUCUUGACAAUGAAGAAAUUAGCGGCGAUGAAGAGAGCGGAGACGAAGAAGAGGACACAGGGAUGGGAGAAGUGGAUCUCGAUGGUGGUGCCGGAAUCAUUGAGUAAGAUUGCCGGAUUGAUUGUUUUGCGACUAAUUUUCUUUCUAUUAAAUCUACCCAGUCUCAACAGUUGAGUAUUUUGUUUUAAGCUUUGACAAGGCAGUAGAAAAACCUCCGAGAGGAUUUAUGUGCUUUUUGAUGACUCUUGAGGCAUUUUAUUUUACCCAUAGGGGGUUACAUAUCAAUCAUACAUUCAUGGUUUUAUAAUAGAUUGAUUUUUUGCA